CUCAAAAGAACGUUAUUUACAAAACAUAAGUUUGACAGUAGCCAGAUAAAUCGUAAUUUUUCAUGAGCAUGGCUGCGAAAAGUGACGGGGAUUUCCAAGAAUGGCUUGAAAGUGUUAUGGAAUAUUAUAGUAAUCUCAGUGAUGUAAAACGAAACUUUACCAUUGAUUGCAUGAUAGCUUGUAGUGGUUCUGCUCAACUUUCACAUUUAUUUGCACAAACAUCUCUUCUUUUAUAUAGAGAUUUCAUUAAACUUUUGCCCGUAGAAUUAAAAGAACAUCUGCUUUCUUUUCUGGAUGGGAAAUCUUUAUUAAUUUGUUGCUGUGUCUGUAAAUCAUGGAAUGAUAUAAUAUCUUCUUCUCCAAGAAUAUGGCAGCAAGCAUGUCGUCGUUCUGGUCUUCUGGUUGACAAAGAUCUGGAUAAUGGCGAUGCUAAAUACUGGAAAUCUUAUUUUAUUGAAAUGACUAAAAGAUUGAAUGAUAUGAAAUCUUAUAAAUGUUUUUCUACGAAGACCUAUGAUAGGAAUUUACGCAGAGUUACUGCUGUUUAUUAUCAUAAAGGGAAAGUUGCAACAGCUUCUGAUAGCAAGACUAUACAAAUUUGGGAUUGUGGGAGAGAUGUAUGCCUGUUAACAAUUAGGACUGAUUCCAGUGUUGCAUCAAUCAAAUUUGAUGACAGUAUUUUAAUAGCAUCUUCAUAUCUUGGUCAUAUGGUAUCAUGGGAUGCCAUAUCAGGACAACGGUUAACUGAGUAUAUGCGUCAUAGUGGAGCAAUAUUUACAUUUGAUUAUUCCAAGGAUUUGAAUUUGCUUAUUAGUGGCUCAUCAGACAAUAGAAUCAAAAUUUGGGCAUUAUCGAAUGGUUAUUUGUAUAAAACUUUGUCAGAUCAUUCUUGUUGGGUAUUAAAAGUUAUGCUGUGUCCCUAUCCUGCAGAAAAAGGAAGUAAACAUAUGGAUCGGCAGUUAUUGUUCAGUCUUGAUAAAACUGUUAUUGUUGUGAGAUUAAUGACUUUUAUCUCAUCAGACAUGUCACCCGAUGGCCUUUAUAUUACCACACUGUAUUCAAUAAAGCAUGGUCGGUCAGAUGACUCGGCUUUAUUCACACCUGGUCUUCACUUUGAUGGUGAAUUUUUGUAUUAUCCUAAAGAAUCUUUUGAUAAUCAAAAGUCUUCAAUUUUAUGCAAGUGGGAUGUUAAGCAGAAAUGUAUGGCAUCAGAAAUGGAGCUUAAUUUAAAAGUGAGAGCUUUGCUUGGUGUUGGUAAAAAAUAUGUUGUGAUUCUUACACCAUGGCAGCACAAGACAUUACCUAAUUUUAUAGUCCUGGACAAAGAUAGUUUUGAAAAAGUUGCCUUAUGGAACAUACCUCCUUCUAGAAGGCCAAUUGGACCUGAUUGCAGUCAGCUCUGCCUUGGUGAAAAGGAUUGGCUGGAUGGUUUAGAUGGAAAAAAUGAUCAAGGAGUACUACUUACUGCUGCAAUUGAUGAAAAUUGUGUUUAUGUUUUGAAAUGGUUGCCACGAUCUAGCCAGGAGGCUACAUAGUUGUCAAAACUAUACUUGAAUAUAUUGUUAUUUUUAUGCUGUGUUAGAAAUUUGACUUGUUUGUUAAUGUGUUACUAUUAAAUAGUUUAACAAAAAAAAGGGCAUUUUACAUUAAUGAAAUAUUUAAACAAAUGAAUGUUUUUUAUUAUUAUUAUUCUUUUUUAUAUAUUGUUCAAUGAGAAUUUUUUGGAAAAUAAUUCUAAAGUGAAAAAUUGUAAUUGAUAUAUUUUAAAAUCGAUUAUAUAAAUAAUAGAUUAAUAAAAUAGCAUUUUAUUUGUAAACAAAUUGCACUUUCAAUGAAACAUAGCGAGUAAUUAUUAUGAAUAAUUUGCAACAUUAUUAAUAUUCUUCCAAUUGAAAUUUCAAUUUUAUAUUUUAUAUAUCUUUUUUACAUGAUAAAAACAAACAAAAAAAAUACUUAAAUUUCCAAAACAAGAUGGUAAAGGCAAAGCACGCAAAGAACAAGAUAAUUUCUUUUCUGCUUAUUUACCUGUUGCACUUUCUCAAGACUGUUAUUGGUUAAUUUUUUGUCGGUCAGUUAAAGCAUACCAUAGUCAUAAUUACCAUAAUUUAUCAUGUACUUCUCUUAUUGUAAUUUUGCCUUCAAAUAUGUUUUGUUAAGUUCAAACUGUUGAUUGGUCCCACUGCUUUUCAGAAUCUUUUAGUUUAUUACAUAUCCUAAAUUAUAUUUUUUAAAUAUCAUAAAUCAUUGUUUCUGUUGGUGGUAAUGUAUCAUAGAUAUUCCAUAAUUCAUAAAAAAGUAUUAUUUUGCUAUUUUUGUGGUGAUAUUUUUUAAUCUUUAUACUAAAUUCAAAUGCAUUUUUCAAGUUCCAUUUCUUAUAGAAUUUUUUUUAUUACUUUUCUGCAAUAUUGUAUCAGAAAAUUUUAUUAUUUUUCUUUGUCAUAGGGGGGAAAAAGAAAUUCUACUUCUUUGAAAUCAUCAUCUCUAUCUCUACUAAUAGUAAAGUUGAAAGCAUGUAUGUAUUAGAGCUCUACAUGACUCGCAAUUAGACGUAGAAUUAUGAAAUUUCACAUUGUAGUACUUUAGAGAGUGGGCAUGUACGUUUCAGAGUGAUUUGUGAAAAUUUUACAUCAAAAUGCAUUUAUUUUUUAAUUAAUUGCAGAAAAAAUUAUUGCACAAAAUAAUUGUAGAAAAUUAUGUUGCAACAUGCUGCCGUAACAUUAAAAAAAAUUAUCUUUUUAAUGAUAUCAGUUUUUUAAAAAUAAAUAAAAAAAACAUUUGUUUUUAAUUAAUUUUUAAGAAUAUUUUAAGCUUAUUUUACAAUAAUAUAUUUUACUAUUGUAAAAAGUAAAAAAAACCUCAAAUUGUUUUUAUUGUUGCUACAAAUAUUUCAACCUGGAUUUUCCUUCUGUUGUUGAUGAUGAAGCUAUCCAAGAGAAAAAAAAAUAAUCUUAUCAAUCCAAAGCAAAUAUAUGGAUGGUAAAAUCUUGAAGAAAUCAGCUAAUUUUUCCAUGAUGAAUAGAUUUCUGCUUAAAGUGCUCUUUUAAUAGAUUUCUUGAAAUUUUGUUAUAUAUAAAAUUAUUAUAUAUAUAUAUAAUAUUAUACUAAUUAAGGCUUAACUUCAUAUGUAAGCAAAAGAAAAAAAAAUGAAAAAAAUUUUAAGUGUAAUCCAUUUUUGAAUAAUUACGGCAAGAAAAUUUUUGUAUUUGUAGAAGUUUAAUGUCAUCUGUUUUAAAUUAAAGUUUGAGUUUUAGAUGAAAUUAUGAAAAAAAUUUGGAAAUGCAUAGUAUAUUGAUGUAAGGCUUCUAAAAUACAUAUCUAUCAAAAUUUGAAGGUAAAAAAAUAUUUUGUUGUGGAAGCUAUUAAAAGCAAGCUAAAUAAAAUAUAUAAUUGAAAAUUGUAGCAACCAUCAAUCCUUAUGAACCAGUUGGUCACCAAAGAUGGUUAAUAUUAAAAUAAACAUUGCAAGAGGCCUUAAAUAUACUAUAUUAAUAUUGCAUUAAAUAUUUAUUGUUAUAUUAAUGCAUAUAAAAUAAUGAUGUGAUAAUAUACAGAUAAUAUUACAUGAAACAAUUUCAUUUGUAUUUGUCUCUUUCUGCUUCAUCAUUUUGUAUGAAUAUUUCCCAUUUUUAAGUUUAAAAUAUAAUUGAUAAAAAUGUGUGGGAAAUAUAUUUGUGGAUAAAAAAUUGUUGCAUUUGUUUCUUGUCUCAUAAAACUACAUCUAUUCUGUUUUUGAAAAAGAUUUAUCUUUCUUUAACUAGUCCAUAAAAUGCAAUAUAAUUUUGCUAUUUUCUCAUUCCAUAUUUCCAUUCCUUGUAUUCAUUUGCAUUUUCUUGAUCCAUAUUACUUCUGAUCUGUUUUUGAUUAAUGUAUGUCUGCAAUUUUUGAAGUAUCAUAAAGAAAUAUAUACAAAAGCUCCAUGAUUUUUUUUUAAAAUUUCUAUUCCUUUUCUACUAAAUAAAUUAAUGACCAAACAGUAUGUCUGCCAUGAAAGUAUUAAUAUAAUGUGUAAUUCCUCUAUUGCUGACUUUAAAAAAAUAGUAAAGCUUGCAAUUGAGUUAUAAUCAAAUUAAUUAUCUAAGACUGAAAAUUAGUCAGUUUAUUAUAUAAAACAUCAUCACAUGCAAAAUUAUUAGCCGUUAUUAAUUGAAAAAAUAAUAAUAAAUUAACACUAUGCCAUGUUAAAAACUAUAGUAUAAUUUUUAAAUCAAAAGUUACUUGAGCUCUAAGGUAUCUGCUUUCUUAAGGAAUGUAGGCAAUAUUUCACUAUUUAUAAAUGUUGAAUAACAUAUUUCUAAAAUUUAACUUUAAAGUUCUAUAUUUAGUUUAGAAAAUGCAUUGAAAAAAAUAUUUCCAAGUUUUUGAAAUUUUAAUUGGACAUAUGAGUUUUUCAUAACUAAAUAUCUUUUGAAUAUUGCAACAAAUUUUAAUUUGAUAAUAAAGAUUUAUUAAAAUAGAGGUGUUGCUGAUUAUGUUGUUUAUUAGAAACACAUUUUUUUUUAAAAGUUAUUGAAUGGAGUCCUAAGAAUAGAUCAAUACCUUAAAUUAAGAUGAACAUCAUUAUUGACUUUUAUAAUUCUGCACAAAUCUGUGUAAAAAUGACUGCUAGUAUGGUAUAAAACAGGUGAUUGGAACCAAAUAAAAUUGUAUGGACAAUAAAUAAAUUGCAAUAAUUCAUAUAACUGUUUAAUCAUGACAUACAUUGCCAAAUUAAAUGAUAAAAUGUCAAUAUAAUUAUAGCUGAUAUAUUUUAAUGAGAUUUCUCUAUAUUGAAAACAAUAUACUGUUUCUGCAAAAUAAUUACUUGAGAAAUACUGAAAUGUAUCUUGCAACUUAUUUGUUUGCUGUGUAUAAUGUAAGAAUCAUGCCAUUGAAUUUUGUUCAAUUUUUUUCAAAUACAUAAAAAAAUUUUUAACAGUUUUCCUUGUUUCAUGUCAGCUAUAACAUAAAUUUUAAAACUUCUUUUAUAAAAUUAAUGCUCUUAAAGAA